AUGAAGUACUCGAUCCUCGCCUCUCUCCUGGUCUCGCUGGCAUGCGCCGCCCCAUCUCCAGUAGUCACACCAGUGGCUGAGCUCGAGAAGCGCCAGAGCUCGAACGUGAACGUCAACGGCGUUGGCAUCAGAUCAGCAUCCGCUGCUCGCGUCAGACAGUCUUUCACAGCGUCUGGUGUCGUGCCAACCCUGAUCCCAACCGAAACUUUCUGCACUGCACCAGCCAGCCCGCUCGAGCAGCACAGGUACACUUUCCUCGUCUAUCGCGAGCCUGCUGGAUACAGCCCAAACAUUCUCGGUGCACAGGUCCGGCUGGCGUUUGAUCUGCUGGGGUACACGAGGGCCGGUGGAUUGGGGCAGCCGAUUGCUGGGAACUUUUUCAACCAGUCGCUUACCAAUGGUAUUGUUCCAUCUUAG